AUUGCUCCUUUCUCCAUCUCUCAUUCAUUUUCUGGAAUACCCAACAAUGGCGCUCACUCUCUCCAACACUUUCCUCCAAAAAAAUGCCUCUCCUCCUCCACUCUCCCUCAAAAAGGUGGGAAUAGGGAGCAAUCAGAUGAGGUGGAGCUGCAGGAAGAAGGAUAUACACCCGCAAUUCUACGACAAUGCUAAGGUUUACUGUAACGGAGAGCAGGUGAUGACAACAGGCGGGACUAAGAAUGAGUACACAGUUGAUGUUUGGUCAGGUAAUCAUCCUUUUUACUUAGGUAGUCGUUCGGCGCUACUUGUGGAUGCUGACCAGGUUGAAAAGUUCAGGAAGAAGUUUAGUGGGUUAUCACAGAUUAUGCAAAUUCCUACCCUCAAAGGAGAGAUUAUUCUUCCUCCUAAGAAGAAGAAAGCUACCAAGAAGAAGUAGACUAUUUGGCUUGUAUACUUUUCCCUCAGUUUGUAUGAAAUUGUUGGAAGAAUUAGAGGGUUUUCUGUGUAUUUGUUUGUAUUUUGAUGGUUUAACGUCUGAACUCAAUCUAUGAUUUGAAAAGAAGUAUAAAAAUUGAGUCUUUGUUCUUCUUGUUA